GUUUGAUCUUAUUGAGCCUAGAAUAAAUAGUGAAGCUGUAUCUAAAGGUUGGGUUGAGAGUAAGCUGUCAACGUUUGAUAAGACUUCUGGUUUUACAAUGACAGGUAACAUUGAUAUGGGUGGAAACAAAAUUGAGAAUGUUGCUGAUCCAACUACUUCCCAGUCUGUUGUUACAAAAAGUUGGUUUAACUUAAAUGAAGGAACAUUCCUCCGGCUAGAUGGAACAGGAUCCCUAAAUGUUGCUGGUACUGUUAGUUUUAGAAAUACACCUACAUGUUCGCAGGGUCCAACAACCUCUAACCACCUUGUAAAUCUAGCCUAUCUAAAUUCACUUUUAGGAAGCCUUGUAAAAAUAGAUGGCUCCCUCAGAAUGACUGGUAACCUGCAGAUGGGUGGAAAUGAAAUAGUGAAUGUUGGAGCUCCUAGUGCUGAUGGAUCUGCAGUUAAUAAAAAGUGGGUGGAAGGUAAGAUUAGCGGUGGUAGAAAAAGGCGUGAGACUUAUAGUGGACUUACACUAUCUGCUGACCUUGAUAUGGGAAACUAUGAAAUUAUAAAGUUAGGUGCUCCCACAACUGAUAAUUCUGCUGUGUCUAAGAAAUGGGUCACGGAUCAUGUUAGUGGGAGUUCUGUAAGUAGUAGUGGCUUUAGUAUGAGUGGUAAUAUUGACAUGGCUGGUAAUAGUAUUACGGGACUAAAUAGUGGCUCGUCUGGUGCUUCUAGUGCUGUUUCCUACGGUUCUAUGACUUCAUGGUGUUCACAGUUUCUUAAGCGUGGUGGUGGUGUAUUAUCGGGUAACCUUGAUGCUAACGAUUAUGAGUUAACUAGAGUUGGUAACCCUACAACCGACGGUUCAGCUGUUAAUAAGAAAUGGGCAACAGAUGAGUUCAUGAGCAGUAGAGGCGGACUGGUGAAAGGUGAUUUAGAUAUGGGAGAUUCAAGUGGUAUUCUCGAUCUAAAGGAUCCUGUAAAUGAUAGGGAUGCAGUUAACAAACAAUGGGUAGAAAAGAAUUUCCUAAAACCUUCAACUGGUCUUACUCAAGCAACGGCUGACUUAAGAUAUGUAAGAAAACUUCGACAUAUACAUGCAGAAUGGAUUUGGGGUUAUCGUGGUGUAGCAGUUGCUGCAACAAGGUACUAUGCUUACUGUCAAGAGCAGAUUCCACCUUCAUGGAGAACAGAUCCUAUUAAUAAUAUGACAGACCUCAACCUCGAGUCAAUUACUAUUAAAUCAGAUUUCCCACGUUUUUUAACCUGGGUAAAUAUACCCUUAUCCCUAAUCCUAUGGGCUACUGUAUGGGAAAAACAAUCUAAUGGAAAAUUUACACAGGUAAGGAAGGAAAUCGCUCUGAGAACAAUAGACUUAACAAGACUGUCACACACUUGGUUCAAUGGAACUUUCACAACUACUGGUGGAAGUACAGCUUGCUAUGUCUUCAAGGGUAAUAGUAUGUUCUAUUUAGGAAACCAGGCUGAGUUGGUAAAUAACACGCUAGCCUGGUGUAUUAUAGUUAAACCUGAACACUCAAUGCCUACUGGGUCUAGCAUGGAUAUGUCCUUUUGCUGGUCACUCCGAUAUUCAGGGUCAAGUAGUUAACAUGUGGUUUAUCAUAAGAUAAGAUGUCAAGAUGGAGGUCAUGCUUCUCAUGUUUAGGUAAGAUUUGUGGCUGCCGUAAAAAGUCAAACAGGGGUAAGGGAGUUGGUGAUAUAAAUUUCUCUGUAUCUAAUAAUGUUAACAUUGGAGUAAGUACUCAGGAUAAAAAAGCUACUUCAAAUGUUGUGUUAGAGCCGGAAGGUUACGACCCCUUUAAAAUGGUUAAGCUUGAAAUGUUGGAUACUAAAGAAACUGUUGAAUAAAAGAUUUGAAAAUAAGACUUAAAAUAAUAUAAUAAAAAUACGUUAAAAAGCCACAAUAAAUAAUAUGGUCUAGAAACUUGAGCCCGCGUUUUUGGGGAAAAAUAUGGAAGCCGCUGACCGGAAGUGGGAUGAGAUCGCGGGCUGAAAAAGUGGUCUAGAACCGCUACUUCCUAUACUACUUGCGAAACAUUCACUUUAAACAAGUAGCAAAACUAUCGCGACUGUUGACUAAAUUUAGCCUUGCCGUGAUAUGAUUGAUAGAUUUGUAACUUUAUUUCGAGCAAUAGUUUAAAGUUUAUUUUACCAAUUUUCUCAUCCAUUUCCUGAACAAAUUAAAGCUAAACAGAAACUUGGAUAAUUGGAGGAGGCAUAAUAUUGAAGUCCUCGCAUGCACAUAAUAUGAUAUCAAUAUAUAUAAUAAUAGGGCUGCUUAUAUGUGUUUCCCGAAUCGUGGGGGGCUGUGGGUGAAACAAAGCAUGCAUUCAUCUAUUGUUUGCGUUGUUUACGUGGAAAUACUUAAUCCGAUUGUGCAUGGGAGUGCAUUGUUUGCGUUGUUUACGCGAAAUUUCUUCCUAUGACUGCACGUAGAUAUAAUUUGUAUUCUUUUAUUGAGUAAACAGUUUUGGUUUUCUUUCAAAAUACAAAAUUUUUCCUCUAAACAUAAAUUACACCGUUAUGUUUAGAAGAACAAUUUUGUAUUUUGAAAGAAAACCAAAAGCCAUUCUUAACUCGAUAAUUCACUUUAAUGCAAGCUGGUAUGCAUGAAAUUGCAGUGAAUGUUAUCGUUCAUUAUAAAGCUAGCGCAUCACGGCAUCACACAUUUUAAAAAUUGGAUCGUUAUGGUUUAUGCUGGAAAUUAACGUUUUUAGACCCUGCAAAAAUUACGACAACAAGUCAUCCAUUAAAAACAACGGAACGGACAAGAACUCUUCAAGGAAUAACAACGCUGCCGCUUAAAAAUCCAACAGUAAAAAACACAGGUAAAUGGGCGCAUUCUAGCUGAAAUAGAUUAAAGUUCAUCUGUGAAGACGCAUUGUCCAUCUGAUGCAGGGGUUAUACCUUUCUUAGUGUAUACAAGGAACUACAAAGGACUUGUACCAAUUCAGGGUUUACAUUGUUAUGUGGAUGUGUUGAAACUGCUUACUCGCAGUUUGUUGAGAGCUAUCAGCUGCCUGUUGCCAACUUGCUAAAACGUUUUUGACUCGGCGUGAUACAAUUGUCCCAACAACUUUUUGUCGUCCCGCAAUUUAAUAACAUGUUUACAAAUAAUUUGUAUCCCAUGCAACUUAACAAACUAGCAAUAUUCUUACAACUUGUUGGCAAGCUUCUUAUACAGUAGCAUGAUGGGAACACACCUUGUUAACGAAUACUCAUUAAUAUUACUCACUUGUAGUCGUGUUUUAUCAUAUCUAAAACGCUCGGCUGCGUCUCUCGUUUUAAAUACGAUAAAACACUCCUAUACGCGUGCUUUAAAUAGUACAUAUAUACGUUGCUUCCAUAUGGGAGGAGUAUAUAGUUGUUUUGGGCUAUGUCAAAGGCGAAAAGGGAAAUGGCACUCCAUGAGAAGAAUUAAUGAAAUUAAAUAUAUUUGGACAGUAGUGCAAUGUCAGUGCGAGUCAAUAUAAAAUAUAUCAUUCCACAGCAUUUUGCUGGAUAAAAGGUUAUUAUAAACAUUGAAUAAAAUUCCACAGCUAUAAUGCUGUGUUGGAAAUAUUGUGCAAAACGUCAAAGUGAGUAAUCAUUUAUACAGAUAGUUCAUAAUUACACAAACCACGGCUGUUUUAUGUAAUGUUAUGCUUAUAAUGUAAUGUGAUGUAAUGUAAUGCCAUUUAUGUUUCUUUAUAGGUCCUAUGGUAAACAAGUUGGUUUUCUCGUUAGUUAUUGCAAGUAUAGCUGUUGUGAUCCUUGCCAUUCUUUUUGUGCUUUGCAGAAAAAAAACGGUUAUCCCUGAUAGAAAGAGUAACAAAACACCAGAGGGUAAGAACACCAAAGUGGGAUUUCAAAAUAAAAUAUACAUUAGAGCGUGAGUCAGGUUGACAUGUUUCGGUUUACAAAAACCUCCGAGGCAUGCAGAAGCAUAGGUUCUGAAGUAGAAUUUGAAUGUUUUUUGUUUUGUCUCAGUUUGUAUGCAUGCAAGACAUAUAUCAUGCUUCGACCUAGACUAUAUAGACCCAUUGCACUGACAUCACAAAUCCUUGCAGUGUCCUCCAGAUGCUCCCUAACAAUAUCUAUUCGGGUACAACAACCACACACAGCGCAAAAAUUAACAAUUUUAAUACAAAAUUAGCCUAUUAUAAAGUUUUACAGAAUUUGCUUUGUUUACAAAAGUUUUAUUAUGCAUAGAUUACUAAUUUGUCCUCCACAUGCAUCGUCACCGGCGCUCUGACGUCAUGUGCAAUGGGUCUAUACCGAAUCUUAAUUUCUCAUUGUUGGUUAUAUCCAUUUGUAACCGACCUGUUUAUAAGAAUAAUGUAGCGUUAAAGUGGUGAAAGAUAUAGGAUUGUGAUUGUAGUCGGCAAGGUUAACUGGAAUCUAUGCUUGAAAUAUAUAUAUAUAUAUAUAUAUAUAUAUAUAUAUAUAUAUAUAUAUAUAUAUAUAUAUAUAUAUAUAUAUAUAUAUAUAUAUAUAUAUAUACUAUCACUAUCACGUACUACUGUACUAUCACUACUACUAUACUAUCACUACUACUGUAGUUAGAUAUUGCUCUAUUGCCUUUGUGUCAUAUUGAGCACUCUACAGGAUGAGUCAUUGCUGCUUACGCAUUAUAUAUAUAUAUAUAUAUAUAUAUAUAUAUAUAUAUAUAUAUAUAUAUAUAUAUAUAUAUAUAUAUAUAUAUAUAUAUAUAUAUAUAUAUGAAUUUCAACUAUUUCAAUUGUCCACGAGCAGAGCGGAAAAGUCGAAUACGAGCGCGAAAGGCUGCUGGGAAUCGCUAACAAAUUGAAUUUUCAAAGCGGUUCCCAGCAGCCUUUAGCGCUCGUUUUCGACUUUUCUGCUUUGCUCGUGGACAACCUUAACUGAAAUAGCUGCAUAUAUGUAUAUAUUACAGGGGGAUGUUUAUGCAACCAAUACAUGCACGCCGGCCUCGACAAUAUAUGGCUCUCCAAAUUAAAUCUGUGAAACUCUUCUCAAUAUGCAAAAAUAUAUUUUGAGCUUUCUCUACAAGAAGUUUUUUGAAGGAGCUUGGAUAUAGUCCCUAUUAAUAACAUUUUCCAUAUUAUAAUGAUGAAGAAUACGCGUUUCAUCAAAUUCAGACUCUUGUGCUCGUAAAAACAUUGAUAAACUCGUGCAUGCGUAUAGUGUAUUAUACAUACAGUAUAGAAAUGUGCUGUAUAAAUGCAUUAUUUUAUUUAAUUUUUCUGAAAUUCAUGUCAUCUUAUCCACAUUCUUAAAUUCAGGUGCACCACAUUAUAUUUCCUACAACGCCAGCAACAAAGGUGAGGCACUCGAUAUCGCGAGGUGGCUUCAAGAGAAAAAUAUCAAUGUCAUCAUAGAUCAACUUUCCUACAUCAAACCCAACCGACGGGCGUGGAGUGAACGACAGUUAUUGGAGGCUGAGAAAAUUAUUAUGAUUGUUACACCAAAAUACCUGGGAAUUUGCAACUUACAGCAAACAAAGUCGAAUGAGGAGAAAAAGAGUUCCCACAACGAUGAGUUGGUUUGCAAUGAAAUUGCUUUAAUAAAAAAUAAAUUGAUAGAGAAUGGAAUGGCCGCAGAUAAAUGCAUUGUAAUACUAAUUGAUACAAAACGGAAAGAUUUGCCGCACUGGAUGUCACAAUUCAAUUGUUAUCAAUACAAGAAUGGGAAGCUGGAUGAAGACAUUUUGCCAAUGCUUAAACCUGUCGCUUCGCUUAAUACCCUUUUAUGAAAAAAUGGUCAGUAAUUAAUCAUUCGUAUAGUCUUAAGAAGUUCUUAAAUAUCAGUUCUUCGAUGAAGCGCCGCAUUUUUGUGAAUACGUGUGGCGUUUAUUCGAGGGCGAAUAAAGAACUCGAACGAACUUGGGAUUUUUAAACUUUGAAAAAAAGUAAAAUUAUUAAAAGUAUUCCUUUUUUGCACAAUAAGUAUAGUUCGUUUGCACGUUUUUUCAUGGCGCGGCAAGGUUCUUAGCCGUAGGGGCGUAGGCAGCAUCAAAAAGUUGGAAGGGGGGUGGGCGGUUUCGAGGGGCACUUUUAGAAUGAAUGAGAGGGGGAGAGAAAAUAAUGCAAUCAUAAAGGGCACCUAAAAAAUUUUUCCCGGAAAUGUUGGCGACGAGCGGGGGGGGGGGGGGGAGGGAAAAAUAAAUGCAAUCAUAAAUCAAAGGCCAUUGUGAAAAAAAAUAUAAUCUGAACAACAUUUUUCACGAAAGCAAAGGGCACUUUGCCACUAGAAAAAUGGCACUUUUGAAAACUGGGGGGCUCCUACACCCUUGUUCUUGAUUCCCCAAGCCAACGGCGUCGAGUGCCGUUCAGUGCGUAGGCCAGGGGCGACGGUAUUAAUUUGGCCCAUAACACCCAGAGAAAGGAAAGAACUAGCGAAGUCUAAAGUGGUGGUAAGGUUCAUGAUGUCAGGGUGGACCUCCUCGCUGAUUUCAAAAACUAGCUGCUUGCCAGGAGUGGGAUAAGCAAGAUAUAUCAAUUUAGACUAGAGGUACGCGCAGGCAACAAACCCUCGCCUAUAUUUUAAUCACCAAGAAACUUUCGCAUACACAACAUCGUACCCAGGCUAUUUUCUCUUCUGGGUACGAGGAUGUCGCAUAGGAAAGACUUGAACAACAAGAACAAAGUCUAUAUUAAUACAACGUUGACAAAGUCAUACAUAAACAAUUGAAACAAACUUGCCAUAUAUUUUAGGAUUUCUCGUGUCAAGUCAAUUCUUGUAAAUGAUUACGUCUAAAAAUUGAAAUGAUUAUGUCAAAAAAUUGAAACAUUUUUACAAUUUGUUAUGUGAAAGUAUAGUAUAGUAAAACUUUAUUUAACCAUGCUCCCUCAUCACCCAUGGAUGAUUUUCAUGAGGGGCGUCACACAAAUUACAUUCUAAAAACUAAUAUAAAUUAAAUAUGAAAUAGAAUAACACAGAAUAACAAAUACGUAGAUAAAAAAGUUAAAAAAACAAGACUAUUCUAUGCCUGACUCUGUUGCACACAUUAUUUUAUCAAAUUUUUUAAGCUACUUAAAGAUUCUGUUUGCUUUGCCUGCGUAGGUAAACUAUUUCAUAGAACAGGCCCGCUAUAUCCAAAACUCUUUUUUUAAAUAUUAAGUAUGUGGUUUAGGAACUGAAAGAUUUAUAUCAGAUUUCUGAGAUUAUAAUUAGUACUAAGAUUUAUGUCCCUUGUUAUAAAUUUAUCCUUUAAGUUCGGAGCUGAGUGGUUGUUUAAUAUGUUAAACAUCAUGACCGAUUUAUUCAUUUUAUGUCUGUCGUUCAGAUUUUUCCAUGACAUAGCAUGGAGCAAAUCUGUCGACCUGACAUCAUAAUUGGCACUUGUCAUAAUUCUU